CUCGGGACGUCGCGGUGGGGCCAUGCGUGGCUGGCACCCACGGGUGCCCUGGUUCCCCCUGGGUUUCGCCGUGGGGUUGGCCCUGGGGGGCAGCCUCCUGCAAGGGCUGCAGCUGCUCUGGGUCCCCCCCGGCCCCCCCGCAGCCCCCCGGAUCGCCCACCUGCGCAGCCUCCCCCAGCCCACAGUGAACAGCAGCCAGGCGCGGGCGCUGUACGAACGGGUGCGCGUCCUGUGCUGGGUGAUGACGGGACCCCGCACCCUGGAGACCAAAGCCCGGCACGUUCGGGACACCUGGGCACGCCACUGCAACGUGGCCCUUUUCAUGAGCUCGGAGACGGACGAGCGCUUCCCCGCCGUGGGGCUGCCCGUCCAGGAGGGACGGCACCAGCUCUACUGGAAAACCAUCCGCGCCUUCCAGUACGUGCACCGGCAUCACCUGGGCCAGGCCGACUGGUUCCUCAAGGCGGACGACGACACGUUCGUGGUGAUGGCCAACCUGCGCUGGUUGCUGGCCGGCCAAGCCCCCGAACGCCCCGUCUACUUCGGCAAGCGCUUCAAACCCUUCGUCAAGCAGGGCUACAUGAGCGGCGGGGCGGGCUACGUGCUCAGCAAGGAGGCCCUGCGGCGGUUGGUGGCCGCGUUCGCCUCCCGUACCUGCACCCACACCAGCGCCAUCGAGGACCUGGCCCUGGGACAGUGCCUGGAGAAGUUGGGGGUGGAAGCGGGCGACUCGCGGGACACGCGGGGCCGGGAGACCUUCCACCCCUUCCCGCUCGAGCGGCACCUCACCGAGUCGCUGCCCCUCGACCGCUUCUACCCGCAGUACUCCUACUACCCCGUGCAAUGGGCAGCUGCCUGCUGCUCGGACCUGUCGGUGUCGUUCCACUACGUGAGCGGGCAGCAGAUGUACGAGCUGGAGUACCUGACCCACCGCCUGCGCCCCUACGGCUACCGGCCCCGCUACCGGCCCCCCCUGCCCCCCGGCACCCCCCCGGCACCCACCCACCGACCCUGAGCUGCCCCCACCGCCGGCACCCGGCAUCCGCCAUGGGGCACCGGCACCGAGACGUGGCACAGCUCCGCCGGCGUGGCACCGUGGCUCUCCAGCACCGAGUCCUGGCACAGCUCCACUGGCGUGGCACCAUGGCUC